AUGGUGAAGCCCAACGGCCCUACCUCGGUUGUGAGUUCUGUUGAUAGUAUACCAGAAAUUAUUAAUCCUGAAACUAGUCAAGGCAGUCAAGCAAUAUUAACUGAAACAAAGACUCCAAUAGUAAGCAAGGAAUCUUCACCUCCAAAUCUACAAGUGCCACAAACACCCGAAACUAAGAUUGAAAUUGAUAACAAUAACGAGCCAACAUUCCCUGAGACGUCAGCGCCUACUGCCACAGAACUUCUAUCAGCAAGUAUAGAAAAACUUGCUAGAGAACUGCCCUCUGUUCCACAAACGACUAGUGAAAGUAAAGAAGCGUCCAGUGCAAUACAAGCUCAAGCCAAAUUAACUCAAAGUAUAACAAGUUGUGUACGUGCUCACCCUGAAUCUAAGAUGAAAGAUAUUAACCUUAAUAUUAAAACAACAGAUCCGGAUGCAGCCAAUGGAAACACCAUUGAAGUAACACAAACAAAACCUGAAACUGUGAAGGAAGAUAUUAACAAAAAUGAUAAAGUAAUUAAGAACACUAAAAGUAGUAAGAAGGGCAAUAAAAUGGCAAAUAAUGAAACAAAAGAAACUGAAACACAUGAAAAUGGUAAAAAUGAGACUGAUAAAAUAAGUAAUGAACAGGAACAAGUCCUAUCUAAGACUGAAGAGGUAGUUGAGCAGACACCUGCCAUUGAAAAAGCUGAGUCUGCACCAGCUCCAGCUGUCUUUGUACCUAAGUACAAAUAUAAUGAAGAUCAAUGGUCUCCAGUAAAUAAGUCUGGCAAAAAGUGCUAUGACAUUGGAUUGAUGAUGCAAAUUAAGGAUAAUCCUCUAUCAAAGAACAAGCCUAAUGCACCUUUAUUAGAGGCUUUGAAUGUUAUAAGGACUACUCCACAUCAAGAGCCCCAGCCAUUCAACCCUAUCACAAGACCUAUGAAUGAUUCACUGUUUCCUAAUUUUGCCAAAAAUUCAGGUGUGGGUUCUAGAAGUAAUACUCCACGUGAGCCGAAGAAAGAUGGAAGAAAUAUGCCUAACAGUGGUAAAGGUAGCAUGAAAAUGAGCCAAGCUUCCAGCGGUAACAAUCCUCACAAGAAUGUAAUACGUGUCUCCUUAACAAGAGAAGAAGUAAAGUUGAACCAAACUAAGGACGCCUGGAAACCUACUAGGCUGAAGAAUGCUAAUCUGAGUGAAGAAGAAUACAAGACACAAGAGUUGUACAAAAAAUUCAGAGGUAUUCUGAAUAAGCUGACACCACAGAAGUUUGACACUUUGAUGGAGAAAGUGAAAACACUGGAGAUCAACAAUCAAAGUCGACUUGAAGGAAUCAUCGAUUUGGUAUUUGAGAAGGCCAUAGAUGAACCUAACUUUUCUGAGGCCUACGCCAACAUGUGCAACAAGCUUACAACAAUCAAGGUGCCCGCUGAUAAUGCUCCUGCAGACCAAUACGUCAAUUUCCGAGCUCUCAUCAUCAGUAAGUGUCAGAACCAAUUUGUCACUGCAAAAGUUGAUGAAAACAUACUGAAAUUAGAGAAAGAAAUGAAUGAAUGCACUGACCCUGUCAAAAAGAAGGAAUUGCAGUUGCAUUUAGAAGAAGAAAGUAGAAAGUUGAGAAUGAGAUCUGUAGGAAAUGUCAGGUUUAUUGGUGAGCUGUACAAAUUGAAAAUGUUGACAUCAAAAAUUAUGGUAUUUUGUAUGAAUUACUUGGUUGAUAAGCUUGAAGAAGAAAAAUUAGAGUGCCUCUGCAAAUUGCUCACCACAAUUGGUGAACAGCUGGAGGGUGAGGUCAAAGAUCAGCUAGAGCUUGUAUUUAAGAAAAUGCAAGAUAUUGUAGAUCACAAAUCUAAUAAAAUCAGCAGUCGUGUGCGCUUCAUGAUCAAAGAUGUAAUUGAGCUCCGACAGAGACGUUGGGUUGUGAAGAGUGUGGUUGACUCACAGCCUAAAAUGAUGGACCAGAUCCAGAAAGAAGCUGAACAGCAACAACGGCAUAUUGAGCUCAUGAACGCAAACCCGAUGGGCUACGGACGCCGUGACGAUGGUGGUCGUGGUAAACGCGGAGGUGAUGCUCGUCGGCAAGGCAAUAAUGCCUUCAUGGAUAACAAUUGGAAGUCGCCACGCACCAAUUACACUGUGGACACAUCAAAACUCAAGGCUGUCACAGCUGGCACACAAAAGAACCUUAGCAAUAUAAAGCUGGCGCCUCAAAACGGUGGCUGGAAUUACGGCUCAGGGACAAAGAACACUGUACAGGCCAGCAGUAAUUCCAUGAUCAGUCUCACCAAGAACCAAUACAGUAUGCUUGAGAAUGUACAGGUGGAUCCCACAUCGCUAAGAGCAAGUCAAGAUUUGACGCCGAACUAUUCAAAGGGUGCUUCUAUAGAGAGGUCAACAUUCAACUCGAGAGGUGACUUCAACUCUGGUAGUGGUGGACGCUCAGGCUCCACCAGUGGCGUAGCGCGCUCGACUUCAAGCAGCCGGCCCGUGGCAGCGGAGCCCCCACCGCCAGCACCUGUGCCCGCGGAACCCCUUACCGAGGCCAAAAAGAUGUCCGUCAAGUCUGUGAUCGACCAGUGCCUCAUCAACUCUGACAUCGAUGAGGCAGCCAUUGACGUGAAGCAGCUCUUCCCGCCGCAGUACCACGCCGCGGUCAUCACCGAGAUAAUCAACUUGGUGCUCGAGAAAUCUGCAAAGGAAUUCGAAAUGGUGGCGAAAACGCUGCUGCAUCUGGUGGCCACUAACACGAUAUCGGCCGAUAACUUCCUUGUGGGUAUGGCAGACGUAUUCGAGAUCGCGCCCGACCUAUACAUUGAUGUUCCCAUGCUGUAUGAUUACCUAGGGAAAAUUAUUUCGCUACAGAUUGAGAAAAAGCAUAUCACAUUUGUUCAGAUAUUUAGGUUAUGUGAGAAAACAAUUAUAACCGCGAAUCAGGGACAUUUAUUCCUAAAAGCACUAAUAAAUUAUUUGAAGGAGAGUAUGGGACCUUCAUUUGUAAAAAGCAAAUGGCAAGAAUCAGGUCUAGAGUUGAAGCAAUGGAUGAGUGAGGACCAGGUACCAAAGUGGGUACAAGAAAACAAGUUUGAAUUUUUGGAUGGCGAGAAGACCAACGAAGAAACAAAGAAGACUUUAACCCCUGCUGAGGUGCAAAGCAAAUUGCUCCAGCUUAUGAAUGCUGAUGAGUCGUGUGAAUGUGUCCGAGGAUGGAUACAGGAUAAGGUGGGCGAGAGCGCGGGUGAGGAGUGGUUUGCGCGCGCGCUUAUGCAGGCGGUGUGCGAGCACGCGCUGCUGGGCGGCGAGGGCGUUUGGCGGCUGAGCCGCGAACGCAUGCGCAAGUACGCGCGGCUGCUGCACGAGCCGGAGGGCGCGCGCCGCCGCGAGCUCGGCUGCCUGCUCGCCGUGCAGCAGCUGGUGCACCGCCUCGAGCACCCGCAGGGCUUAACAUUAGAUAUAUUCCAGUACUUGCAUGAACAAUACAUAAUUUCCGUAGAAGGUUUCAUUGCAUGGGAAAUGACAGAAAAGGAGCCGGAAGGCAAAGCGGUGAUGCUGAAGGCGCUGACCUCUUUCUUCACGAACAUCCGGGAGGCAGACAACGAGGACUCCUGUAGCGAGGACUGA